UCCUCUCGCGAUUCACGUAUUCUUGGUCUAAAAGCAGAUUAAUCGAAUGCUUGAGAACCGUGAUUAAAACUUGUUAGCGUGUUUAUUUUUUAUUCUUUCUUUCGAGGUGGAAUCCAGCAGUUCAGAUUGAGUAUAAAUGUACCGCAUGUUCAAAAACGAUAUGUUAUUUUAAUAACGAUCAGUGAGAUAAAAUAUAUUGCUUUCGUUUUAGAAACGCCUACCUUUUAUUGAAAUUAGUUUCCAUACAAAUUUAAAAUGAGUUUAUUUGGCUUCGGACAAACUGCAGACAUAGAUAUUAUUCUUGAUGGAGCCGAUUCUCGAAAAAUGGCCGAUAUCAAGACUGAUGAGGGAAAGAAAGAACGUUACUAUGUGUUCUAUGAUGGUGAAUCUGUUUCAGGAAAGAUAAAUAUUGCAUUGAAAAAGCCUGGAACCAAGUUGGAACAUCAAGGAAUAAAAGUUGAAUUUCUGGGACAAAUUGAACUUUAUUAUGACAAAGGUAACCAUCAUGAGUUCACUUCUUUAGUCAAGGAUCUUGCACGUCCGGGAGAGUUAACACAGACCACCACUACUUAUUCUUUUGAAUUUGUAAAUGUUGAAAAGCCAUAUGAAUCUUAUACAGGGGCUAAUGUCAGAUUAAGGUACUUUUUGCGUGUGACCAUUGUGAGAAGAUUAUCUGACAUUCUGAAGGAGAUGGAGAUUAUUGUUCAUACACUUUCUUCAUACCAAAGUAUAAACUCGCCGAUCAAAAUGGAAGUAGGAAUUGAGGAUUGUCUCCACAUUGAAUUUGAGUACAACAAGUCAAAGUAUCAUUUAAAGGAUGUCAUCGUUGGAAAAAUUUAUUUCCUUUUAGUUCGUAUCAAAAUUCGGCAUAUGGAAAUAGCUAUAAUAAAGAGAGAAACUACUGGCUCUGGACCCAACUCUUACAGCGAUAAUGAUACGGUUGCAAAAUAUGAGAUCAUGGAUGGGGCACCUGUUAGAGGUGAAAGCAUUCCAAUUCGUGUUUUUCUUGCUGGAUAUGAUCUAACACCCACAAUGAAAGAUAUCAAUAAGAAGUUUUCUGUACGUUAUUAUUUGAAUCUGGUCCUAGUUGAUACAGAAGAUAGGCGUUAUUUCAAACAACAAGAGAUUGUUCUGUGGAGAAAGGGAGAGCUAACAAGGAAAACUAUACAGCAGUCUGUGCCUCCAGAAAACAAAUAAAUGUAAAAUAUCUACAUUCUAAUUUGUUUUUUACAUCAGAAUUUGGACCAAUAGGGCCGAGACAGGUUUGAGUGCAUGAGGUAUCUGACGUCCACCUUCAAAGAAUAAGCAGCAUUUUAAAAGGAAAAUCCAUAGAGGGUAUUUGAUUUGAUGUAUGACCUUACAUUGUAAAGAAUCAAGCAAUGAAACUUUCUUGAAAUAAGAUUUAUAUGAAUGCUCGAACACAAAUUGAUAUUUUACUUAUGCAUAUUAUCCAAUUGUUAUUUCACAAAAAAAACCUAUUUUUCUGCUUUUUGUUAUUGUUGCACUUUUUUUCCUUCUUUUUUCAACUGCUUUUCUUCAUCUUUAGCUAAAUGUAUUUUUUCUUUUUAAUUUGAAAAUUAUAAAUUUCUUUAUUAUCUUGAUUCUUUUCUAGCGGCUUUUACUGAGUAUAGAGUUGCUUAUACAUCUGCGGAAAUUCAAAAAAUGUUUACAAUUUCAAAAACACCAGAAGAUAGAAAAGAAACAGUAAAUGCUAUUUCUUCCAAAAUGUUACAGAUAUAAAAUCUGAAAAAUAUAUUUUAAAUUUCAUUUUAUCAAUGUUCAAACAAAAUUCUGCAAUCUUGGUACUGUCUCUUACAGAAUCCAAUUUGAGUUAGAUAAUCAUCAUAAGAAAGAAAAUCUAGUUAUGAGUUAGACACUUUAUCACUUUUAUUUGUUAACCAAUGGACUUAGUAUAAAAUUGCUCUUGCUUUGUUUUCAAUCAUUUAGCUUGUUAUUUCAGAAUUUCUGUAUAAUCGUAAAAUAAGCAAAAAACUUUUAUUAAAAAUAUUAUUUAAAAUGAUCAAAUUAGGGAUCUUUUCCAAUUAAAAUGUUUUUCCUAGUGAUGAAAUCAGCUCAAUUCCCCCCCCCCCUACAGCAAUCAUAAAUAUUAAUUGUUUUAAUGUGUUGAACUUCAGCACAAAACUAUCUUUUUGUAUUCACAUUUUUUUGACUUGUUUCUAAUGCUCAGUAUUUAAUUAUAGAAUCUAUAUUAUUUGCAGGCAAAUAUUUAUUUUCUAUUUAAAACAACUAAUUAAGUGACAUUUUUUGACCUUUUUAAUUUGUUGUGUUCAAUGUUUAUUUGCUCCCAUUAUUACAGGAGACAUUCCACUUGGUCAUUACAAGACUGAAACGUUAUUUUAAACUUUUAAAAUAUAGCUCGAAGACAUACACACAUAAGCAUCUAAAUGCAUUAGCAUAUGGGAAAAAGAAACAGCAUAGGGAGUAGUGUUACACGAUUUAUGUAUCAUCCUUAAAUGUACACCAUACAUGUAUAUUAAGAAUUUAAAAUUACUAAUGUGCACCUUUAUUCUUGUUACUUUGAGUAUAACUUUAAAAUUUUAUUGCUUCAAGUUGAUUUUAAAUUCAGAAUUUUUAAAAUGAACUUACUGUUGUGAUUUUUAUUAAUAAUGUACACUUUUUAAAAAUCUGUUUCAAAAUCUGAAUGAAAAAUCAUGUAACAUUUGUGAAUAUGUAUUUUAGUUGCGUAUAUGUUUUGUGAGACAGCUGUUAUUUUAUGUUUUUAUUGUAUAAAUUACCUAUUUAUUUUAUUAUAUUUAAAUAUAUAUUUUAUGUUAAGGUGAAGUUUUGGAAAGCUAUGCAAGUUUGUUUCCUUAUAAACUACAUUUGCAAAUGAAAAUGCUAGGGUUUAAUUAAAAAACUAAGUUAUUAUAUUUUAUGGCACUUGUAAAUUCUCAUGUAUCUCAAUAGUCAUACUAUAAUAGAUGAUAUAUUUAGCUUCCCAGUCAAAAAAGUCAAUGAAAACUUUGCUUGGGCAAUUUGAAGGGCUGUUUAUAUAGUUAUAACAAAACCACAAUGCUAAGUUUUGUUUCAGAGAAACUAAUCUGCCAUGUUAAUUCCUGAAAAUAACUUUGAAGUGAUGCUUCAAGCAGAUUGAUUUUAAAAACUGGUAGAAAUAAAAAAUAUUUUGAGCCUACUAAUUGAAAGCAUGUUUCCAUUUCUAUAAAUUUUUGGAAAACAUAAUGUAAAUGUCUUGAAGUUGUACUAUAUAAUUAUAAAAUCAGAUAUUUUGUAAACAUUGUUAAAUAAAAACUGGUUUUACUAAACAUUGUUCUAGUUUAAAUGUAUUAUAAGUGAAUAAUAAAGAUUGCUUUUGA